AUGUCAAACAGUCUAUUGAGCCGCGGUAACGUGUGCGGGUUCUCCUCGUCACCCUGUCCAUUGGUUGGCCUCAACAACUCCAUGUAUAUGGUUUUGAGCAUGCAGUUUCAAGCCGACAGUCCUACCGAAGAACUGACUGUAUAUUUCUCAUGGUAUAAUGGAAAUUUCGACAUUCCACUCUAUCUCGACAGUGUGUCUGUGAGACCAGGCUCCGAAGACGUCUUGACGGAUUCCAACCCUUCGGAACGCAAUUCUCAAAGGCUCGUAUCUGCACCAUUAGUUACAAGGUCUUCGAUCGCCACAGGAAUAACACCACCGAGCGCGCAACCGUCUCUGAUCAAAAGAACCCCCGCAAUCUCAAGUGCGGUUUCUGCUCCUUUUCGUGAAUGUUCAGCGCUGAACUCGUCUAUCUCUGCAGCACCAAACUCCUCGACAUCCAUCUCGUGCUCAAGAUCCCUUCCGAAUUCGACGCGCUGGUCAACUCCACCGCCCGAUAUAACGCGCAAAACCUUGGCCAACAGCGGCUUCGAAGACGGUCUCAGAGGCUGGCAGUUUCUCCUGACAGGAGGUACCUUCGACGUAGCCACCACAAAUCAGUCCCUGGAAGGUUGUUCUGCAGUCUCCGUCAGACCAACCUCACCCCACACGGGCAAAAGGCGAGCAGUCACACUGCAGACUCGCAUGACUAACUUGAAUUCCUCCCAUGAAUGGUACACCGUUGAGCUCUACAUUGGACACGCGAAUAUCACGCACAGCCCGCCCACUGGCACAUCGCCCGUUAUUUCGAUGAGGUAUAAGAACGCGAUAAGCGGGGAUAUCGAGCGGUCCACCAGCCUGUGCGGGUUUGCGCGUACGACCACGUUGAACGGCAUCCCCCAGCCAUGCAGGCUAUUCGGGGCAGAUGGCGCGCAGUACCAGAGUUACGGAAUGGAUGUCAGGGCGUUUGAUAGCUCGCAUGAUCGGUAUACGAACGCUACGGAGAUGGAGAUCUCGGUCGAGAUUGCGUGGCCGGCUGGGGCGGUGGAAGUGCCGGUUUAUGUAGAUGGGGUUGGGGUGUGGGAGAUCAAAUGGGGCUCGAUCUCGCGUUGA